CAAAGUAUUAAUACUGGCCUCAACACCCUCCCGACACGACUCGUUUUUCUUCUCAACGGUCAUCAACUGCGACCUGUCAGCUACGCCGAUUACUUUUUUUAAUCAACCGACGUCCUAAAGCAAGUACGACAUGGCCCGUACCAAGCAGACUGCCCGUAAAUCUACUGGAGGAAAGGCGCCAAGGAAGCAGCUAGCUACCAAGGCGGCUAGGAAGAGCGCCCCGUCGACGGGGGGAGUGAAGAAGCCCCAUCGUUACAGACCUGGAACUGUGGCUCUGAGGGAGAUCCGUCGUUACCAGAAGUCCACAGAGCUGCUCAUCCGCAAGCUGCCCUUCCAGCGCUUGGUGAGAGAAAUUGCCCAGGAUUUCAAGACUGAUCUGCGCUUCCAGAGUGCUGCUAUUGGAGCUCUCCAGGAAGCCAGUGAGGCCUACCUGGUGGGUCUGUUUGAGGACACCAACCUGUGCGCCAUCCACGCCAAGCGUGUCACAAUUAUGCCCAAAGACAUCCAGCUGGCUCGUAGGAUAAGGGGGGAGAGGGCCUAAACAACUAGUGGCAACAUUGUCAAGACAAAUAAUCCUAUUUAUCAUACUUAACCAUUUUUGUGGACAUUUUAUUUCUUGGGUAUUUUUUAUAAGUUUUCUUUUUUUUGAAUUUUGUAUUUUUUAGACUGGGACAAUUCAGUCAUUCCACAAACCAGAGUACAUGUAGGAUAGUUGGAAAUGUUGUGUAGUAGGAGUAUCUGCCUAUUCCAUAAGUCAUGACUACAUGUUACAGCCAUCAUACCACCCCUUCAAGUUCUUUGUGGGUAUCAGGCUCCUUCUUCUGAGGAUGGAGAUGUCUUUGGAGUGAGGAUGAAUUAUCUUCUGUGGCGUCCAGGGUUUUGUCACCCAUCUUCCAUUUACCACAAAAUGCCAGCAUGUCAUGCAGGUUUCACUGCAGUGCAGAGUAUUCGCUACUACAGAGGAUAGUCUGUGCUCAGUGGCAAGGAGCAUGGCAGACCCCCCCCCCUGUAUUUUUCUGGACUGCUUUUUACAUGUUUUUCAACAUAAAAUCUUGGCAGCUACAUUUAAUACUAUUUAUGAAAAUGUUGUCACAUGGAUGUCUUUCUAUUAAAGGUCUUUAUGAGUAGAAACCGUUGUUGUAUUCAGACA